GUAUUACUGUAAAUACUUUUAACACCGACUGACAUAAAGCAACAUAACCUAAAUGUUUCUUUUUAAUUCAAAAAUGAUGUACACAUAGCAAAUUUAUCCUACGAAAUGUCUCUUUUACGUAAUUUGUUAAUAAAAUCUUUACCACAAAUCCGCUGUAUUCAUGCGACGAAGGCAUUGACGACCUUCUAUGAGAAGGACGCGAAAUCUGGUUACAAAGAUAGCAGAGCUUCACCAUCGAAAACGAAUCUCAUUCGAGAUGGUUUGAAGGAAUUGAAGCAAGAGGUAGCCCUGUGGACGGAAGAAGUCAAAGACCAUUUCGAUGCCGACCCAGUACUGAUUUAUAGACCCGGCGAGACUGAUAUUGCAUGGAGAUUCGAUCAGGAAACUGUAAAUAAAUGGAUAGUUACAAGCGACAGUGAUAACAAUGAAGGAUUCAGUAAAUGUAAAUUUGAUUUAACUGAGCAUGGAAAAGGACACUUCCAUGGCAACUUAAGUACUAGGAUACCUAAAGAUGGUCGAGUGCAAAGGGCUGGAUAUUGCAACAUAAAAUCAUUGAGGGCUAGAAAAUCAUUUAAAAGGGAAAGCUAUUAUGAUUGGGUUAAUUACAAUAUGUUAGUAUUGAAAGUCAGAGGAGAUGGUAGAUCGUACAUCAUAAAUAUAGCCACAAAAGGAUACUAUGAUAUAAUGUGGAAUGAUGUAUACAAUUACAUCUUGUUUACUAGAGGAGGACCUUAUUGGCAGAUAGCGAGGAUCCCAUUCUCAAAGUUUUUCCUGUCAUCUAAGGGAAGAAUCCAGGACAAGCAGUAUCCACUACCAUUAAACCGAGUGACCAGUUUUGGUUUUUCAGUUGGUGAUAAAAUUGACGGACCUUUCAGUUUAGAAAUAGAUUACGUUGGCUUGGAAUUCGAUCCAAAUCAUACGGAAGAGUUUGCUUAUGAAAUGUACAAAACAGACAAAUUCGUUGCGGGUACUUGAAUAAUAAACGUUAGCAAUUUGAUUUCGAA